AUGAGGCACGUGGCGCUCGGGCUGCUUUGCCUCCUCCUCCUGUCUGCAUUCCAAACAGCAUCUGCUCUGCCGAGGAAGAGCAAAGAGAUUAGCAGUCAUCGCUCUGGCAGCGGUAAAGGGAGCCACGGAAUAGGAGGUCUACAUUCUAGUCAUGAUGACAAGAAGAACAACGACAAACCCGACGAUAAGAAACACGGACUCGGCGGACUCUUUGGCCAUGAUGACAAGAAGAACAACGACAAACCCGACGAUAAGAAACAUGGGCUCGGCGGACUCUUUGGCCAUGAUGACCAGAAGAAAAACGAUAAAAUGGACUCUACUCUGGGCCCCAAAAAGCCAAAGGGUCACUGCAAGCCAAAGGGCAAGGGUGAUAAGGGAGGCAAGAGUAGUAAGGGAGAGAAGGGACAGCAUCCUCCCAGAAACCUGAACGAUAAUGCGAUAGAGGAAGACUACGCCGAUGAAGAAAAUAAUCUCUACGCCAGAGACGAUGCCGAUGAACUUAGCUGCAGUGACGGGAUACCCAGCAUCGCUAGAAUUAAGGAAGAGAUCAGAGACAAGAUAGUGAGGGACUCCUGCCUUUUCUACGCCGGACCUGGGGGCUACACAGCUAAAGCGGCACAAUGGCGGAAUAAACCGGAAAAUCGUCGAUACCGAAUUCUCAGCAUGAAUUGGAGAGAUCCCAAAUGGCCCGAUCAGUUCAAGGGCGCAGAUCGCGAAGUCGUAGACAAGCGCGUCUCGCAGGCAAUGGCGGAGUUAUGCACUGGCGAUGUGGUAGUUAUGCUACCUAGCAAUACUAAGGGCACUCACUGGAAGGAGGGUACUGUGUGGGAUAAAUACGAGUGGCCAAACUUCAGCUCGGCCGUUACCAAAGUGACUCGGGUUAACCCAGAUAAUGACGACGAAGAGGUUAUCUGGGGGAAUUAG